CUCACUGAUGUUACCGUGGUGACGUGAAGACGCUCUGCGCUAAAUCCUCUUACAGAGCGACUGAGUUUGAGCCAAUAUUUUCGAAGGAAAGAAAUAUUUACUUUGCAUUAUUUCGCUUAUAGACCUCUAACAGUAAGGGACUGGUGAUGGCGUCGGUGUUAGACGCACUCUGGGAGGACAGAGACGUGAGAUUUGACAUCACUCCUCAGCAGAUGAAAACCAGACCAGGCGAAGCGCUUAUCGACUGCCUGGAUUCAAUCGAAGACACAAAGGGAAAUAAUGGUGACAGAGGAAGACUCCUCGUGACCAAUUUGAGGAUAAUCUGGCACUCACUGGCACUGCCAAGAGUCAACCUGUCUGUGGGAUACAACUGUAUUAUUAAUAUCACCACGAGGACGGCAAAUUCAAAACUGAGAGGUCAGACUGAAGCACUUUACAUAUUAACCAAAUCUAAUAACACUAGAUUUGAGUUCAUAUUCACCAACGUGGUACCAGGAAGUCCAAGACUGUUUACUUCUGUCAUUGCUGUUCACAGAGCUUAUGAAACUUCCAAAAUGUAUCGAGAUCUGAAGCUAAGAGGAGCUCUUAUUCAGAAUAAACAGCUGAGGCUUCUGCCACAGGAGCAGGUGUAUGACAAGAUCAAUGGAGUCUGGAACCUGUCUAGUGAUCAGGGUAAUCUUGGAACGUUUUUCAUUACCAACGUGAGAAUAGUGUGGCACGCCAACAUGAACGAGAGCUUCAACGUCAGCAUUCCUUAUCUACAAAUUCGCUCAAUAAGGAUUAGAGACUCUAAAUUUGGACUUGCUCUUGUGAUCGAGAGCUCUCAACAGACAGGAGGAUAUGUGCUGGGAUUCAAGAUCGACCCAAUGGACAAGUUACAAGAUGCAGUGAAAGAAAUCAACUCCUUACACAAAGUGUACUCGGCAAACCCCAUUUUUGGUGUGGAAUAUGAGAUGGAAGAAAAGCCUCAGCCUCUGGAAGAGCUGACAGUAGAGCAGCCACCUGAUGACGUGGAGAUCGAGCCAGAUGAGCACACGGACGCUUUUACUGCUUAUUUUGCUGAUGGAAAUAAGCAACAUGAUCGCGAGCCGGUGUUCUCCGAAGAGCUGGGUCUUGCUGUAGAGAAACUGAAAGACGGAUUCACACUACAGGGACUCUGGGAAGUUAUGGGUUAAAACGUGCAAAUGCUCUGUACCAUUAUGUGUUUUGGCAUUGCAAUGUUUACAAUGUUACACUUUUCAUUAGCACAAUGUGAAUUUUAUUUAUUUUCAGAGUAUUUUUUGAUAUUUUCUAAUCAAAUAUGUUUACAAAUUAAAGUGUAAGUUAGAAAAAUGCUGGAAAAACAUUUAAACUUUUGUGUAUUAUUAAUGGAAUUACAGGAAUAUUCAUACAUGUUAAAUACGAAAUAAUAUUUGUAUUUUAGAAACCGCGAGCUUGUUUUAUGUAGAGAACUUUACAUGCUAAUUUUGCUGUUGUGACUGAAUAAAAGUGCGAGUAAAAAUGA